AUGGCCAAGGCAAAAGUGCUGAAGACUUCAAGUGCUGGGGGGGGGGGGGCUGCAGAUACUCCAACAGGGCAAUUCUAUGGUGAGAGUUCCUAUGUUGACAUGACACAGAGAAAAAUCAGCAUACUCAAUGUCAAUGUGGAUACAGAUAUUCUUCAAAUAUCUCUGAGCCACAAGUUUGGACCCGAAAGGUCAUUUCAGGGUGUUCACUCUCAGCCUGCGCCAAGGAGGUAUUCUGAACUGAUGCCAUAUCCAAAUUGCUUCUCAGGACAUUGAUUUACAGCAUAUUGACACCCAUGUUUCACAUUACUGAAGUUUAAAUAGUACGCUGGAGGCCACAGGACACAAAAGGAAAUAGCAAAAUUCGUGCUGUGGCGACAAUGCACUAUGUCUCUGCCUAAAAGAAAUUCAAAUCUUUGAAGGAAAUCCAUCGCAGUAUCAUUUAUGAAGGCUUUCAAAAACAGCGUUGAAGGUAAGAGGGAUGAUUACGGCGACCGCCUCUAUUUUCUCAAACAGUUUACUGGGGGUUAUCCUAGAGAGCUUGUCAAAAGUUGCCAGCAAGCCAGCCGGAGGGGGGCAUCUAAAGGCCCAAGCUUUGCUACAGGAACAUUUUGAUGAUGAGCAGAAACUUGCUGCAGCCUACAUGGAAAAGGCUUUUUCCUUGGCCACGUAUCAAAUCAGAAGACGUGAAAGCUCUUCGAUACUAUAGUCUACUGCUUAGAGGCUGUUGCAAUGCCAUGACAGAAGUACAGGACGUACUAAUAUGAAGAUUGUUGUAAAGAAAUGCCCCAUAAACUGAGGGAAAAAUGGAGACUGAUAUGCCUCCUAAACAGACAAAGAAGGAAACUACUACUUUGAAGACAAUACAAACUGGGCCCGCCGCCAUGAAGGAGCCUCGGACUCAAGUGCAUCUUACCUCCGGUGAUACAGAAUGGAAAUCGGCGGCAACAUCAACAGUCUCCAAGAAGGAACAACAGGAACUGCGCGUGCGCAAAGGAAGGGAUAUGCGCAGACAUGAGCAAUUUGAACUACAAAUCCCAGCUACGAUUGGAAGUGGAAGUGAAAAUGAAUCUGAGGUAGAUUUGGAUUCUCUGGAACAUACACAUGAAGAUGAGGAGGUAAAAGAAGAACAACAGGAAGAGGUUGGAGGUGGAAGAUAUACUGGAGACAUAAAAGAAGCUUUGGCGCAAAUAAUGCAUGAAUUAAAAGAAUUAAAAACAUUAAAAAUAAUAAAAGAAGAUAUUAAAAAUAUGAAGACUAUGUUUGAUAAAAUGGUGAAAAAACAGGAGAAAAUGGACAAGCAAGUUAAAAAGCUGGAAGAAAUAAUGGGAGACACUAUUGAUAGAGUGAAUAAAAUGGAAGAUAAUAUUCUUGCCUGGACAUCAGAAAGAAAACGACUGUUGGAAAAAAUAGAUGUGCUUGAAAGAUUUAGUAGACAAAAUAAUAUUAAAAUUGUUGGUCUUAAAGAAGGGAUAGAGGGAGAGGAUCCAAUAAAAUUUUUUCAAAAAUGGAUCCCGGAAAAUUUGGAAAUGGAAGAGGGAACCCAGUUGAUUGAAAUCGAAAGGGUCCACAGAGCCUCAAGACCAAAACCUCAACCUGAUAAAAACCCAGGACUAAUCUUGAUAAAAUGCUUAAGAUAUCAAGUUAAAGAAAAGAUCCUGAAGGCGGCUGCCCAGUGUGCCAGAAAGAGAAAUGAGCCAUUGAUGAUAGAAGGGAAAGUAGUUCUUUUCCAUCCUUUUGAAGAGAAAGAAGGAAUUUAACCCAGCGAAAAAAGUUUUAUGGGAAAAGGGUUAUAAAUUUAUGUUGCACCACCCGGCAACACUGAUAACUUUUUUGGAUGACGGAAAAAGAUUUUUUACUGAUCAUCGGGAUGCAGAGGAGUUUGCACAAGAACUCCCAAAUAUUCACUAGACACAGUAAAGAUUUAAAAGUGAAACAGAUUAAAGAUGAAAACGGAGACAGUGAAGUGAGUUGAUGGAUAUUAAGGACUGAAGAAUAUUUAAAUAUUCUUUUAAUUAUACGAAAUGGGGAGAAAGGUAAAAAUUUGAGAAAUAUUAAUUGAGAGUAGUGAUAUUUUUUUUCUUCUCAUAUAUACUUUUUUCAUGUUAUGGGGGAGCUGGGGGAACUUCGGAUCAAUCGCUACGGGAUUCACGUGUGUAAUCAUGGCGUUUGCCAUGACCCGCACAACGGAGGAGGGGAAUGUUGUGUUUUUUUCAUUCACAACAUUAACGGGGGGGGGGGGGGUUGUUUUUUUUUCCUUUAUAAUCUUUUUUUUUAUCUUUCUUUCUUUGUCUGGAUGAUCAGAGGGGAGACACAUAGCAACAUGAAGAAUUUUAAAAUAAUUCCCCAAAGUACUAUGAGAGUUGAAAUAUUAUGUGUUAUUAUGGACUGGAGUAACCCCGUUAAAAAUAAUGACUAAUUUACUGAAUUUUUAAAGUUUUAAUGUUAAUGGGCUUAAUGGACCGGUGAAAAGAAAAAUAAUUUUAACAUACAUUAAGAAAAUGAAAAUAGAUAUAGCUUUCAUACAAGAAACACAUUUAACAGAGAUAGAACAUCAGAAAUUAAAGAGAGACUGGGUCAGAAAUGUUAUAGCAGCUUCAUUUAAUUCAAAAGCGAGGGGAGUUGCAAUUUUGGUCAACAAAACUUGACCAAUUAAAAUCCAAAAUGUAUUAAUUGAUUCUGCGGGAAGAUACGUAAUUAUACAUUGUCAAAUCUUUUCAGAACUAUGGACUCUUAUGAAUAUUUAUGCACCAAAUGAAAACGAUGUAAAAUUUAUACGAGGCUUUUUUGAAUUUGGCUGACGCACACGAUAAUAUAUUAAUAGGUGGAGACUUUAACUUUUGUCUAGACCCAGUUUUAGAUAGGUCAACAAAGGUUGUUACAAAACCAAAAGCAGCAAAAUUAACUUUAUCAUUGAUGAAAGAUUUAAAUUUGAUUGAUAUAUGGAGAAGAAUUAACCCAAGAGAAAGAGUAUUCAUUUUAUUCAAAUAGACAUAAAACUUAUUCAAGGAUAGAUAUUUUCCUACUAUCAGCAAAUAUUCAAGACAGAGUGAAAAAUAUGGAAUAUAAAGCAAAAAUAUUGUCAGAUCAUUCCCCCUUGAUAAUGACAAUGAUAAUGAUGGAUAAGGAGGAAUCGAUUUACAGAUGGAGAUUUAAUUCAAUAUUAUUAAAACGUCAAGAUUUUUGUGAUUUUAUGAAAAAACAGAUCCAGUUUUUUUUAGAUACAAAUUCACAUUCAGUUGAUGAUAAAUUUAUAUUAUGGGAAGCGAUGAAGGCAUAUUUGAGAGUUAUACUUCUAAAAUUAAGGAGGAAUAUAUGGUAGAAAUAGAUCAAUUGGAAAAAGAGAUUACAAAAUUAGAAAAAGAAUCUCAAAGAUGUAUGACAGAAGAAAAACAAAGACAACUUGUUAAUAAGAACUACAAUAUAAUACA